ACAAAUAAUUUGUGGAGAUGGGCACUUGUGGAUAGAAAUGGGCGAGGUCUAUCCAAUCCUACUUUUAAACCAGGUCAUAUACCUCAAAGCCUCAAGUCGAUGGGGGUUGGGUUCGGUGUAAAAGAAAAUUCCAUUAAAAAAAUGGUUCGUUCCGAAAGUGUUGACGAGGAUUUAAUACUUAAUUGCGAGAAAGUUAGUGGAAUUGAAGACGACGAUGAAUAUGGUCAGUGGACGUAUUCGAAUCGAAGUGCAACAUCUGGUCGUGUCAAUGAGGAUACCGCGUCACAAAAUGGUGUUGUACUUUCGGAUCGACGUAUUAGGCGUCAGAUUGCGAAUUGCAAUGAACGUCGUCGAAUGCAAAGUAUAAAUGCUGGUUUUCAGAAAUUGCUGGAAAUUUUGAAAAAUAUUUGUUGUAAUGCAGCAAUAUUGCAACAAACAGCUGAACUUAUUCAUACGCUACAAGCUGAUAAUUUGAAGUUAAUCGAGGAAAAAGAAGCCGUAAUACAAUCAAAAAAACGCAAAUUACAAGAGGAGAAAAGACGAGAAAACAUUCUCGUUGAUGAAUUAACUCUUGCGCUCGAGAAAGAACGUUCUUUGAGACAGUUCUGUGAACAGCAGCUUCGUGAGCUUCAGGCAGCUUCACCUCUUAUUUCACCAAUAUCACUUUCCGUAACGCCUCAACUUCACCUCGGUGCUUCCAUUAUAAAUUCCCCAGCUGUGGGAUCUCAUACAACGAUUGCAGGAUUAUUGCCACCAUCUUUGGAAGAAAUCAUUGCAAGUUCACCAUAUACGUCCCAAAAUUCUAAAGCACCAAGAUCAUCAUCGGUUUCACCAAUUUCACCAACUCUUAAUAUGGUGAAAAGAGAAAUUGAACAAGAUACAACAGCAAAUCGAAUCGAAAUAUUGCCACAACCACAACCAUUAAGAACCUCAACUGAUCGAUCCCCAUCUGCAACAAGUGCCGCAAAUAUUAGCCAACGAAAUCUUAAUGCAAUUCUUGAAGCUAUUCGACAUCUAGAAGGUGGGACUGUCAUGGUCCCGAGUUCAACUGUCUCACCAAACCAACAUUCUAAUGUACUUGUGCGCUAG